AUGUCGCCCUACAUCUCGGCUUUCCAGGCUGCCUACAUUGGCAUCGAGGUGCUCAUUGCCUUGGUCUCUGUGCCUGGAAACGUGCUGGUGAUUUGGGCUGUGAAGGUGAACCAGGCACUCCGAGAUGCCACCUUCUAUUUCAUCGUAUCCCUGGCGGUAGCUGAUGUGGCCGUUGGCGCCCUGGUCAUCCCACUGGCCAUCCUUAUCAACAUUGGGCCACAGACCUACUUCCACACCUGCCUCAUGGUGGCCUGCCCUGUCCUCAUCCUCACCCAGAGCUCCAUCCUGGCUCUGCUGGCUAUUGCUGUGGAUCGUUACCUCCGAGUCAAGAUCCCUCUCCGGUACAAGACAGUGGUGACUCAGCGGCGGGCAGCAGUGGCCAUAGCUGGCUGCUGGAUUCUCUCCCUUGUUGUAGGCCUGACACCCAUGUUCGGCUGGAACAACCUGAGUGUGGUACAGCAAGCCUGGGAACUUAAUGGCAGCGUGGGGGAGCCCGUGAUCAAGUGUGAGUUCGAGAAGGUUAUCAGCAUGGAGUACAUGGUCUACUUCAACUUCUUCGUCUGGGUGCUGCCGCCACUGCUUCUCAUGGUCCUCAUCUACCUGGAGGUCUUCUACCUGAUCCGUAAGCAGCUUAACAAGAAAGUGUCAGCCUCCUCUGGUGACCCGCAGAAGUACUACGGGAAGGAGCUGAAGAUCGCCAAGUCGCUGGCUCUCAUCCUCUUCCUCUUUGCCCUCAGCUGGCUGCCGCUGCACAUCCUGAACUGUAUCACCCUCUUCUGCCCCACCUGCCAGAAGCCCAGCAUCCUUAUCUACAUCGCCAUCUUCCUCACUCACGGCAACUCAGCCAUGAACCCCAUUGUCUAUGCCUUCCGCAUCCAUAAGUUUCGGGUCACCUUUCUGAAGAUUUGGAAUGACCAUUUCCGAUGCCAGCCCAAGCCUCCCAUUGACGACGACCUCCCAGAGGAGAAAGCUGAUGACUAGACUCCGCCCUGCUCCCUCCAACCCGAAUCCUUGGCUCUCUGUUCAGCCCUCACAUCCCAACUGUCCCACUGUUCCUCCUCAGCCUCCCCAACUGGGAUGUGGGCUGUGGGUACCAGGGAGGCUCUGAAGAGAUGCCAUAGAGUAGGGCCCCCUUUACAAGGAGCUAGCUGCCCUUUACCUUGGGGAGCUAGAGGAGGCUUGGGGGUGGGUCAGGCUAUGACAGGGAACUGGGUGCCCUGAGGUGAGAAGAAUGUCUUGAGUGCAGCUCAGAGAUCCAGGGCUAGAAUAUUCUGGUUCCUACAGUCAAACAGGGAAGCCGGCUGUUGGGUGUUGGUGGC